AUGUCCAAGAACGGGAACCCCCGCGGGCGGGAAAAGUUCGACCCCUCGACCGUCGCCGUGGUGCCGCUGCAGAUUCCCAUCGUCCACGGGGACGAGCAAGAAGCGAAGCGGAGGAGGAAUCGGUUGGCGCAGCGGAAACAUCGCCAGCGUCAGCGGGUGAAAUCCAACGCAGGAACCGAGCCGGACAAGCCUACCUACUCCGAGCGAGAAUCGGGCACGAGUACCAGCAGCAUCUCGUUCGACUUUGACCAGCCAGAAGAGCCCGUCUCGUCGUCAUUGGACUUCUUGUUGGCCGACUGUACCGACAUGGAUCACCACAUGAGGCAGACGACGAACGACUCGCUCGAUGUGGGUCGCGAGACCGACUUUCUCCUUGCCAGCCUGGGCGCCCCCGACAUGGAGCAGCAGGAGGAUGCGAUGGGAGACCAUCAAAACUGCCUCCCCCAUCACGAUGUGCACCACAACCUUGCGCCCAUGGGUUUCCACCAUAUGCCCCAACCAUCGUCGAUGCCGAUACCGCAACCCUCCGAGGCUAAGAUCGCCCCUUCUUUUCCGAUGCCUACACCCGUUAGCGACACCGAGUCUCACCACCACAAGGAGCAUCCGCCGGAGAGGAGGGGAAGAGACCUCGAGAGCCGAAUCCAGCACAUCAUCCGUGCCGUUCAAGAGGCCGGGUUUGAAAGCAUCGACGACAUGGCCACGCAGUACUACACCGCUCAGUUCGAAGAAGAUACAGCGUCAUAUUGGGCCCAAUCUCUCAGCCGCAGCCACUCGCUCUACACCUUCUUGUCUUCGCUGCACCGAAGCACCAGCGCAUGGUCUGAGAGAGAUAUCCAGCGCUACCGCCAGCAAAUACUGGCUGCUGCUGAGUCGCUGUACGCCAGUGAGAUCGACACGGCUAAGAAUGCGAAGGAUGUCGCGAGGCCGCCGACACCAGUCAGUAGCGUUGAGGCCCUCUGGCGUAUGAUGGGCGACAUGGAGUUGGACCAAGAGGCCAAGGAGAAGAAGAUGGCUAUUCGAGAAAAGCUGCCAGAAACAUGGAGUCUCCUCGCCAGACUCACGCAAAAGGCCGACCUUCGUCAACCACAGGGGUCUCAGGUUGUGUUUGCCUUUUUGCUUCUACUCGUCGAGUCCAACCGUAAUCAAGCAAGUCGAGGUUGA